UUCAUUUCAAUAAUUCACCUUGAAUAAUUGCAUUUCAAUCAUAACUUGUGGCUGCAUUGCACAUAUACAAUUUACUAACCUUUUGAUGAAAAAACUUCUCUCUUUUCAUCAACCAUGUGGAGUAGUCUUCCUUUUGAUCUCCUUGCCAACAUCUUCUCCUUCCUAUCUCCAGAUUCUUUGGCAAGAGCUAGAUCAGCUUGUAAGCAAUGGCAUGAGUGCAUCGAUACGUGCCCUUUGAACACUGAACCAAUUCUAUCGCAGAGUCAUCCUUCAUGGUUCAUAGCCUUGCCAUUGCGAGCACACAAGCUAUGUUUUGCUCAUAAUCCAAUUCUUGACAAUUGGCAUAAGCUCUCACUUGAGUUCCUUCCUGAUUUAGUUAAACCAAUUGCAACAGUUGGUAGUCUUCUUUUUUUAAGAUCUACAAGUUCUGUUGUUCUACAAUUGAUCCUAUGCAAUCCAUUCACUACCCAAUUUCGAUAUCUUCCAAGGCCAAACAUCAGUAGAACUAAUCCAGCUGUGGGAGUUGUGAUACAAAAUACAAGGCAAGACUCUCAGAUUCCGGACUUCAAGGUGUAUGUAGCAGGGGGAAUGUCCGUGGCACCACAAGGUGGCACCACAUAUGAAUCAAAGUUGGAAAUGUAUGACUCAAGAAACGACUCAUGGGAAAUCGUAGGAUCACUGCCAGUAGAAUUUGCUGUGAGGUUAACAGUCUGGACUCAUAAUGAGAGUGUGUACUCUAAUGGGAUUCUGUAUUGGAUAACCUCCGCAAGGGCGUUCAGUGUGAUGGGCUUUGAUAUUGACUCAAACAAUUGCAGGGAAUUGCAGGUGCCAAUGGCUGAUAGACUUGAAUUUGCUGCACUUACAUCUCGAAAUGGAAGGCUAACAAUAGUUGGUGGCGUAUGUGGUGAAGAUGCCUGUGUUUGGGAGUGUAGAGAUGGGGAUGUGUGGGUGCUGGUUGAGAAGGUACCAAAUGAGUUGGGAAGAAAACUUGUCGGAGGAAGCAAUGGAAGCUGGAUAAACAGCAAAUGUGCAUGGAACAAUGAGGUUAUGUGCUUGUAUAAGGAGCUAGGAAAUGGAAUGGUAGUUUGGAGAGAAAGAAAAGAGAAGAAUACAUGGGAAUGGGUUUGGAUUGAUGGGUGUUCUUCAAUUAGAGGCAAAAUAGUACAUAACUUGCCAAUAAAAGGACUGCUUCUUCAACCAAGCCUUGCUCCUUUUGCAUCUAAAUCAAAUUAGACACUUUGAUACAUUGCCCAUUGAUCUCUGAAAAGUCUACAAUCUGGUGUACUUGCCUACCCCACCAGCUUGCUCUCUCAAAUUACAAUGAAGAUAUAAAAGGUCCAUUACAGUUCACCUAAAGAAGUCAUGAAAGGAUGUAUAUCUAAUUUGAAAGGACUAUGCUAGAAUCAGAGUACAAUUUGGAGUUUAUAUUGGUUCACCGAACAUAAUGAUGUUAAAACUUUGACAAAUUGAUCUUGUAAGAACGAGAAGGUUAGUAAGUCCCAAAAAACUUUGAAAAUUUGAUCUAAAAAAAUGGUUUAAGUAACCAACAAUCCUUUUUUUCUUAUUGCACAAUAUCAUGUUAAGCUGUA